AUGCCUAAUGUUCUCAUUACAAGAUUAAUUGCAAAUGCAUCAUCAUUCACACACUUCAACAACAAGGGUACCCUAAUCCAAUUUGCUUCUCUGCUGCAACAAAAACACUACUGUGCUUCACUUUUUCUCUUCAACUCAUGCAUUUCUCAUACAAGCAACCCCAAAGAUGACACCUUUACAGUGUCUUACCUCAUCAACUCAUGUGGGGUGUCUCCAACAUUGGCUAUCAAACACUCCCAAAAGAUGAAUUUUGAAAACCCAGAUGGCCCAAAUGCUGUCCUUCAUCUUCUCAAGAACUAUGGCUUCUCCAAAACCCAUGUUGCAAAAUUUGUGGCUAAAUAUCCAAGGGUGCUUACUGCAAAAGUAGAGAAUAACCUUUUGCCUAAACUCAAGUUCUUUAGUUCCAUUGGGGUUUCCAACAUUGACAUGCCUGAGAUGUUAAUUGCUAACCCCUUUAUCUUUGGAAGGAGCUUGAAAAAGUGUCUCAUCCCACGUUACGAGAUCCUAAAGAGUGUAGUUUGUGAUGAUAAGGAGGUUGUUAGAACUUUGAAAAAAUCAGCAUAUGCUUUUACAUAUUGUAACGUAAGGAAUAUUUUGGUUCCAAACAUUGAGAUUUUGAGGCAAUGUGGUGUGCCUCAAGCUUCAAUCUCUCUAUUGAUGGCACAUUAUCCGCGUGUAGUGUAUUGUAAGCAUUCCAGAUUUGUUGAAGCUGUCAAGAAAGUUGAGCAAAUUGGGUUUGAUGCUUUGAAAACAACUUUUGUAUUUGCCCUUCAAGUGCUUUUAACAAUGAGUAAAGAGGUUUGGGAAUCAAGAAUUGAGGUUUAUGAGAAGUGGGGUUGGAGCCAUGAUAUGGCAAUUCAAGCAUUUAGGACAUUUCCCAAUUUUAUGAAGUUGUCUGAGGAGAUGGUUACAAAGAAAAUGAGUUUCCUGGUGAAGGAUAUGGGUUUGCCAUCAGAAGUUAUUGCUAAACGGCCUCAGAUUCUAGCCUACAACUUGGAGAAGAGGAUUAUCCCUAGAUUCUCAGUAAUUAAAAUCUUGCAAUCAAAAGGUCUGUUUGAGAAUAAUUUGUCCAUAGGUUCCCUAAUGUCCCUAACAGAGGAAAAAUUUUUGAAGAAAUUUGUCAUCAAUUUUCAGCAAGAUUUUCCUCACUUACCAGAUGUCUACCAAGAUAAUUUGAUUAAUCGUCAGAAUGUUCUUUGA